AUGCAAGGAGGGAGUCUGCAGCGAGGUGCAUAUUUCGACUGCAACCGUACCAAUGGGGAAGAUAAGCAUUUCUUCAAGAUCAUGGUUGGUGACUUCGCUGAAAGCAUGACAAUACCAAAUGAAUUUCUGCGGAAUUUUGGGGGCAAAAUACCAAAAUCUGUUAAACUCGAAACACGCAACGGCCUCACCUUUGAUGUUCAAGUCGCCAAGGAUCUUGGCAGGGUAUUCCUCCAGUCAGGUUGGACUUCAUAUGUUAGUGCCCAUGAUCUGAAAACUGGGGACUUCUUGGUAUUCAAGUACAGUGGGCACUCUCAAUUGAAGACUCUUAUCUUUGAUCCAAAUGGCUGCGAGAAAGUAUGUUCAUAUCUUGUCAAGAAAAAUGCUGCUCACAGUCAACAAAAUGAAAACAAGAAACGGAAGCAAAGGGAAAACUCAAACAAGCUGUCCAGGUCUCCAAUGAAGCCAUCAGGUCAUACAAGUAAAGAUGAUCUUGUACCGGGUUGCAUCCUCCCAAGACGCACACAUCUUGAUCGUUUGCAGAGGAAGAUACUGACAGAGAAAGUGAAAGCUCUUCAUUCUGAAACCCCUAUCUAUGGGUAUGUUAUGAACAACAGCAGUAUUCGUGGAAUUCCUUGUACCGUGGUAAUUUCUGCAAAUUACGGCGAUUUAUAUCUCCCAUUUGAGGAUGGAACAGUGGUGCUUCAGCAUAAUGGCAAAUGUUGGAACGUGCGGUGCUGCGUUACCACGCAAAACUCGAAAAGGCUUUUGGCAGGUUGGAAGAAGUUUGCAGGUGACAACAAGCUGCACCCGGGGGAUAUCUGCCUCUUCCAGCUACUGGAAAACGAGAAGAAAUACGUGAUGAAUGUCCACAUCAUUCGAAAAAAAAUGAAAAAUCUGACGAACUGGGCUCCCUCUCUCUCUGCUGCUUUUGUUGAUUCUUGCAACUGUGGGUGGAAUUCCUUUUUCUGAUUUUGCUGAUACGCUAUCUAUGUUGUGUGACAGGUUUCCUUGUAGUAUCAGCAGUUUAUUACUCCUAGUCAUGGCUUGCUUUGUUUUUGCGCUGGUCGAUCGUGUGUGACUGUACAAUUUACAGGCCGUAA